GGUUGCUUACUCAAUAAAAACAUCAAGGCCAUUAGUUGAAGUUUUGAGGAUUGUUGAUGGUGAUGAGCCUGCAAUGGGAUUCAUCUACGGUGCUAUGGAUUCUGCAAAAGAAAAAAUUGCAGAAAAUUUUGGAAAUCAAUAUUCCACUUAUAGUGAGAUUUGGAAGAUAAUUGAUGAGAAGUGGGAGCACCAACUGCAUCGGGACUUGCAUGCUGCAGCGUAUUAUUUGAAUCCCAGAUUCAAAUGGGAGGAUGACUUCUCUACUCAUGUGGAGGUUAAGAAAGAUUUGUAUGCUUGUAUGGAGAGGCUUAUUUCUGAUAGUAGUGAUUUUAACCAAGCUGAUGCACAAAUGGAUGAAUAUCGAUACAAGCGUGGACUUUUCGGAAUGAGGGCGGCUCAAAAUUCAUAUAAAACACGUCCCCCAGUGGAAUGGUGGGAUCAAUUUGGAGAUCAUAUUCCAGAACUACGGGCUUUUGCGGUCAAAAUUCUUGGCUUGACGUGUUCUUCUUCCGCUUGUGAACGAAAUUGGAGCACAUUCAAUCAAGUCCAUACGAAGAGAAGGAAUCGUCUUUCAGCCAUUAAGUUGAAUAGUUUGGUAUUUAUAAUGUUCAACAAGAAGUUGAAGUUUAGGAAGAGCAGAUUACAAAAGAAAGAGGAUAAUUUGAUCUUCGAUAAUGUAUCAUCUGAUGAUGAGUGGAUUGCUGAACCGAAUGCAGAUGAUGGAGAAAGUGUGGAUGCACGUGAUGAACUUGCAUUAGUUGUUGAUGAAAUGGACAACGAAUUCAGAGGGGUGGACCUUACAGUUGGAACUGAAGAAGAUAAUGAGGCCCGUGAAAAUGAAGGAGAUGACAAUGAGAAUGACAUUACUAAUUUGGAUACUCAUGAAGAGGACGAUAGGCUUAGUUUUGAAGAUUAAUAGUUCCAAUUUGUCAAUUUGCAAACUUAAAC